GUCGAUUCCAUGCGCCUUGGAAGCUCUUUACAAAAAGCGAAUUUGGCGCGGAUGGUAUACUUCGGCUCCAACGCUCACAUCCCAUGAUCAACCGAUGGAACAAGUCAAUGGCGGUUGGGUUGCGGCACAAUCACGACAUCUCCUUCAUCGGAACCCAAAGCAAGACAAUGGCGCUGAUAUACUACUUGACAAACUACGCCACAAAAAUCGAAGAUCCGAUCUGGAAGAGAGUGGCCAUAGCAGCAGAGCUCUUUCCGAGUAUCAGCACAACCAGCGCCGUCGGGCUAGGUGCAACAACUGCAAACUACGAAGCCAAGGCAAAUAUAAACCGCCAGUAUCUGAUGAGAAUCGCAAACAGAAUAUUCACCGAGAGGCCAUUAUCGCAGGUGGAGGUGAUUGCGCACUUCUUGGAUUACCCAACUGAGUUCUCGAGUACUAAACAAUGGUCAUAUGUGAAUAUGACAAUGAUAUACUGGGCAAUACUCCGACGCUGGGAGCAUCUCCAGCAAUGCAGUAGCACUUUAGGCGACGACGAUGAUCGACCUAUCGAGAACAUAGGUGGCAAUGGCAAUGGCAACGGCAACGGCGCGGAAGCCAGCGCUGAGAGGGUCUUG